AUCGGGACUAUAUGGAGGAUGGUCCAAUAAUUCCACGUUUUCUUCCGUCAAAUACUGAAUUGUUUUUUGGGCUGUAUGCGAGCUUGCAUUGACUUGGUGGAGGAUGAUUAUUCUUUGGGGGUUGAUUUUUCGAAGCUCGAACGGAUGACUUUUGUUGGCUUUUCUUCACCUUGGAACACCAAAACAGUAAAUCCACGAUUGAUCACCACUAACAAUGCUGUACACAUUUUUUGAGUUUCCGG